ACCUCCUUCCUCCCUCUCGAGCGCCCGGGUCGCCGGACCCACCCACCCCGAGGGCCGCGCUCGGCCUUCCUCCCAGGGGAGGAAGCUGGCGUGUGCCGCCUUCGUCAGAAACACUGGCCGUCUUCAGCCCAGGAAAGUGAAGUGGAGGCGGAGGUGGGCCGGGGGGGCGAGCUCCCUCCGAAGCGCUUCCCGCGCAGAUGGCCAGAGGGAAGCCCUCGCCCCUCGCGUCCCACCUGGGCCGAAGUUCGGCGGGGGAAGUCACGUGGGGUCCCCUUGUUUCUCCAGGACCACUGAUCAACACUGGAGGUUCUAGAAAGAGUUGAAGGGAGAAGAGCAGUUGCUUUGCACACACACAUCCAUCUACAUUGUUCAUGGAAGAAGGAGCGACAGAAAAGACAAAGUGAAGCAGAGCCAUGGAGAGUUCCAGAGAGCUUCUUCAUGUCAUCAAGGACUUAAAAAAUGUUGUGACUGAGUUAAAUGCAAAUUACCAUGAACAAGGGCUACCAGUGACAGAUGGUAGUCAGGAGCUGCAACAGUUCUGUGCCCAACUGGAAUUCCUUUUGCAGUAUGAUUUGAAAGAGAAAAGAAACUUAUUUGGGCAGAAGAAGGAUUACUGGGACUUUCUGAGCCGCAUCCUGACAAAGCUGCAUGGCGGGACACACGCAGGGGUGCAACAUGUCACUUUCCAGGACAAACUGAAAACACCCGUGGGAAGGGGCCGUGCUUUCAUCCGCUAUUGCCUGGUCCAUCAACAACUGGCCGAGACCUUGCAGCUUUGCUUUAUGGAGCCACAGGUGACCAGUGAAUGGUACUAUGCACGCAGCCCUUUCCUUGACCAAAAGCUGUGGUUGGACAUAUUGAGAUCCCUCUAUGAAUUGGAUGGUGUUGCCUUCCACCUGGCAUUGUGCCGAGCAGAUCUGGAUGUUGCCUGGCCAAUGGGCUCUGAGGCUUUGCCGCGAUGUACUGUUCCAUCUACUAGCCUCACCCAGGUGGAGAAACCAACCUCUGAGGUGAUCAGUUCACACAGAGAUCCUGUGAGCAACCAAACUCAUGGAGGUUCUUUAAGAACCAAAGAACACUAUGGCCCGAAGACACCACCUGAUGAUCUACUCAGGCCUGAGCUAGAAAAUUCAGUGGAGAAAUGGGUUGGGGUCUGGAGACGCAGAAAGAACAGUCUGCUGCAGAUGGGCUCCCUCCUAAAUCUGAAUUAUUUUAUGGAAAGGCAGGUCCAACUUCCAGUCGCAGGCAAAGAGGGUCAGCGACUAAGCAGUGAAUUGAAGGUACUCCAGUUGAAGGAACAAAGCAAGGAGCAGCCAAGCAACAUUUCUUCCACCCAAGAACUAUAUUCCUUGCUUUCUCAGCCCCAACACUACCUCUGUACGGACAUGGAGAGGCCACCUCAGGUGAUGUCUGAAGGUGGCAGCUGCUGGAAACAGAAGGAUUUGAGAAUAUUGACGUCGGAGCUUGAUGAUUUGCGGAUGAAGUUGGCCCAGCAACAAGAGGAGAAUAUAUCCCUGAGACAAACCUUUUCUGAGGAAAACCGGGCUCUGAAAGAACAGCUGGCAAAGCACGAAGAGCAAUACAGGGAGAAAAUGGAUGAACAAGAAAAGCAACAGCAGGAAAUGGCCGAAGUAGUAGAGUCCAUCAGAAAAGCAGAAGAAAAGAUUGCCAGUUUGACCAAUGAAUGCCAGGAGGCAAGGGACAAGAAAAGAGCUGCUGAAAGGGGUCUUGAAGAGGUAGAACAAAGGCUGAGUUCUCUGGAGGCAGAGAGGAGAAAACAUCUGGCGGACAUCAAGGCCCAGGAGCUAAGGCAUCAGCUGAUGGUCUCUCGAUGUCAGGGGCUGCAGGAAAAACUGAAGGCAUGUGAAGAGAAUUUGGAGAGGUGGGAAACACAAGUGUCAGCCCUGAACAGCCACCAUGACCAGCUGGGGAUGACUGAGGAACUGUCAGAAGGGACGAGAUACAAGCCAGAAGAGAUCAUGUUGGAAAAGAGUCUCCUGAGAGAGAAAUUAGAGAGGAACCUUGCAGAGAUAGAAGGACUGGAAAAGGAGAGGGAGACUCUUAUGGAAACUUUGGUGUCUCGGGAGCAAAGCCUAAUGUUUACAAAACUAGAAGUUGAGGACCUACAGAAGAAACUGUUGGUUUGUCAAGAGCAUGUUGUUAUUUUACAGACAUCUCUUGAGGAACAGGAGAAGGCCCUGAGGAACAAAGAAGCAGGAGCACAGGACUUGCAAAGAAACCUACAAGACCAGUCGGCCCAGUUCCAAAAAGCCUUGGGGGAAAAACUUACUUUGGAAGCUCAGUUACAGGAAGUGAACAGCAAGAAGUCUCAGUUGGAAGUUCAAAUUGCUGAGGAACAGGGCAGGUAUGAAAAAACUUUACAGGAACUGAAGGGGCAACUGGGAGCUUUUGAAAAGGAGCUGGCCAGGCUACAAGAGGAAAAGCAGCAGCUCCAAGCCACUCUGCAGCAACUUCUUGAAGAAAGAGAGGCCUUGGCGAAGCACGCAGAGAGCACUGCUGCUACUCUAGAAGGACAGACUCAAGAGGUCACACAGCUAAGGAGUGAACUGGAGGCUGUGAAGGCCACCAGCCAAGCACUACAGAAAACCUUGCAGGAGGAAAAUGAAACUGUGACUUCUGCCCUGAGGCAGCAGUGUCUGCAGCUGAAAAACCAAGUGGAGCAGCUCGAGCAGGAAAAAAUGCAGGCCACUAGCAGGGCAAAGGAGCUGUUGGAACAGUGCUGGGAGUGGCCUGUAGGGGAUGAGGAGGCCACAAGUCCAGGGAUGCAGAAGGGUACUAGUGCAGAAAAAAAUACCUAUGGAAUAGUGAGAUCAUGCCUCACAGACAAAGAUGUUCUUCAAGAUGAUGAGCUGCAUGGUUUGGAAAGACCUGUAAAAAAGAGUGGUAGUGCCAAACAUAGAACUGAAGCUCAUGGGAAGUGUCUUACUAGCCAUUUGGAUAUAAUAAUAGAGAAUGUUCGGCAGGCAAAGCAGACGCUACAAACCAAGGAAAACACAACAAAGCAUCUCAUGGAGCAGCUGAGCCGGUGUCAACAGGAAAAGAAAGAGUUGCAGCUUCUGCUGGAGAAAAGUCACCAAGAAUCAGAGGAAAAAGAGAAGAAAAAUAAGCAAGAGUUAUUGGAAGAGAGGGAGCUUAUCUACAGUAUGAAAAAAAAGCUGCUGGAGUUAUUGCGGGAGAAGGAUGCCCUGUGGCAGAAGACAGAAAGCCUUGCCUCUGCAGAGGCAUGUACGGCUCCUCAGAACUCAGGGAUGUGUACUCUGUGCAAAAAGGAUUUCCGGCUCAUGUCCCGUCGAUAUCAGUGCAGUUUGUGCCGGAACACUGUGUGUCACGCUUGUUCUGUGAGCAGUGGACACAAGGAGCGCUGCUGUCUGCCAUGUCACCAGAAGAGAAAUGGCCAAGGCACCUGAGCCCUAGGACUUACCAGACGACAAUGUGCCACUCGGGGGAGCUAGCAUCUCAAGUCCAUUCAACCACUCCCUCCCUGGCUGCUCUCUGGGAAUGGAUGUGACUUCCUUUGAGGCGCUGUUGCAGGCUCACCUGAGGGAGCAGGCGGGGUGGGUGGGGUGGGUAAAAAUGUCCAGGAUUAGAUACAAUGACAAGGAAUCUACUUCAGAAUUAUAUUUGUAUUGGAAUUAAUAUUAACUUGCUCGAAAGGAGCAAAAAUAUAAUCUUCUAGCCCCACAUACAUGAAAAAAAAGGUCCUAUUAG